CUAAUCUGUUUGACUCUUUUAGAAUGUCCUAUACGAAAUCUGUUAACUUGUGAAAAUCCCAAAAUCUUUUAAAAAGCUUGCUCGUGUGCGAGUCUGCCGCUGUUGCGUAUGGGCUCCGAUGGCUUUUCGAAUCAAAAAUGAGUCAAUCAAGUGGCUGAACUUGAAGGGACGCAUUCCACCUUGGAGCCGUAAAUAUGAACGUAACACGGCAGGAAUCUAUCGCGAUGAGCCACUGAGCAAGCUGAAUAACUACGAUGUCGAGAUUGAAGAUCGCCUGUGGUCCCUAUGGGGCAGUAUUCUGCCAGAGAGGACCUUCUUGAAGAGAAGGCUACGCUGCAAUCAAUAUCUUGCCAUCUACGUGGUCGCCUGCUGUGCGGCCAGCGUAUUUGAUCUGAUCGACUGGACCGACCAUCUGCUGGACAGGAUUGUCAUCAGUGGCAACAGGUACUUCCGCAAGAGUAUCCCAUCCACAAAGGGCAAAGGCAAGAGGCCGAAGGGCCUGGACGUCGAUUGCGCCCUCGACUCGAUCAAGUUUGUUGUCUACAUGAAUCACGUGAGCACCGGAACACUCUAUCGCAUACCCACCGUCAAUCACAUGAACCUGGCCGAUGCGCUCAUCGAGUUCUUUAAGCACUACAAGUAUGGUAUUCUAUCGGCUCAGGGCCGUUCGCUGGCAUUCGGUUUCUGUGAGGGCGCGGGCGGCGGCUACUUCAUGUACGACUGCCAGGCGAAGGACCAUCCGCUGUUCAACAAAACGGAGGGGGCGUCGUACAUGCUGCGCACGCAUCAGCUGCAUGUGCUCCACUACUGCAUCGUGGUCACCCUGAAUGUGCCCAUUCACAACGUCGAGUUCACCAUCCACAGAGUGGAGGUGAUGCAUGACGACUCUUCGCUUCGGUACGAGGACGAGAUACGCAUUCUGAACACUAUCGUCGUGCACAAACCCUAAUCUUAGCCCAGGGCCGGUGCGACAAACAAGGUAUUUUAAUUC